AUGUCCGCCGACCCCAACGCGCUGCUCGCGUUCAAGCAGAGCAACCUCAAGGAGCGGCUCGAGGUGUACCGAGAGGAGAUCGCCAACGGCGAGCGGCAGAUCGCGGACCUGCGGCGCAAGCAGGCGUCCUACGAGGAGCGCCUCAACGCCGUCGCGUCCGAAUGGAACACCCUGCAGGACGACAUCGUGGCGAUGGUCGAGCGAACCGGCGGAGCGCGCGCAUCCACGACGCGCGCGUCCUCCUCGGCGUCCACCGCCGACAUCAAGGACCCGUUCCUCCGCAGGCUUUUCGACCUCGCCGGCGCAGACGCGAUCGCGGGGCGCAAGCGCGCCCGCGACGACGACGGCGACAAAGGGGCGGCUGACAAAGACGGAGGAUCGGCGACGGACUCGGAAGAUGAGGACGGCGCCGCGGCGAAAGAGGGCGGCCCGGACGACGACGCCGUCAAGGCCGUCGACGCCAUCAAGGCCAAGGCUGCCGCGACCAAGGCGGCGCUCGUCACCGUCCUCGACGCCGUCGACGAGCGAUCAAGCGGCGACGCCGCGGGCGCGGCGGGCGCCGAUCUGAUCCGCUCGCUGGAGGCGCGAGCCGCGGACGCGACCCGCGCGCUCGAGCGCUGCCGCGAGCGAACCGCGAAGCAGCGCAAGCGCAACGAGGAGCUCGCCUCGAGGCUCGAGGACGCACAGGCGGAGUGCGAGCUGCUGAGGCGAUCGCUCGCCGCCGCCCGCGCGAACGCCGGGCACCACGAGGGCCUUCCCCCGAUGGCCACCGCCGCGGGCGCGAGAGCCGCGGGCGCCGCCGCGCAGGCGGCGGCCGCCGCGGCCAACACCCCGGGCGGCGGCCAGCCGCAGACGCCCGGUACCGCGGUGAAGACUUCCGGGGGAGAAGGAGGCGACACAGCUGUGCGUACGCCGGCGGCGACGCCCGCGGACGCGCCCGACGCUAACGCGGUCGCCCGCCUGGAGGCUGACCUCGCCGAGCUCCGCGGCAGGCUCGCGCACCAGACCAAGCAGCUCGACGAGGCGUCGCGGCGGGAGGCGUCGCUGACCGGCGAGCUUCACGCCGUUCGCGACGGCGCGAGCGGCGGCCCCAACAGAUCCGGCGAGCCGAACACGGCUGCGUCGACCGCGGCGUACCAGUCGCUGGAACGUCGGGCCCGCGAGGCUGAGGAGGACGCGUCGGGCUUCCGCGCCGAGUGCCAAAAGCUGCGACGCGAGGCGGACGAGGCGCGCCGAGACCUCAGGUCUUUACGCGCGGAGGCUGCGCGCGCCGGGGAGCACGCGAGACGCGCGCAGUUGGCGGAGGAGCGGAUCGAGGGCGCCGAGGCUCGCAGGCGCGCCGUCUGCGACGAGCGCGACGAGCUCGCGACGCGGCUGGCGUCCGAGGCUGAGAGCGCGUCGCGGAGGAGGCUUCACGAGGAGCGCGCGGCGGCGGUGGAGCGCCUCGGGGAGGAGAACAAGGCACUGCGACGAGAGGCGGAGGCGGCGCGGUCGCUCAAAGGGGAGCUCGCGUCGGCUCGAGCGCGGGCGGCGAACGCGGAGGCUGAGGCUAAGAACGCGAAGGAUGAGGCGUCGAACGCGUUACAGGCGCUGGAGCGCGUCGAGAAGAAGACGCCGCCCGCGGAGGGAUCCGCGGAGGAGCUCAAGCGGCUGCUCGACGCGGCGAACGCGCGGGCCGAGCUCGCCGAGGCCAAGGCGCUUGCAGCGCAAGCCGAGUUGGCGGCCAAGUCGGAAGAAACGGAUGCUUUCGUCGCCGAGGUGGAGGCGAUCGGCGCGGCGUACGAGGAGUCGCAGAGCGAGACGGCGCGGCUGAUGCAGCGGCUGACGGAGAGGGACGGCACCGAGGCGAAGGCGAUCCAGGACGCGGCGAACGCGAACAACCGGGCCCGCAGGCUCGGCGACGAGCUCGCCGGCGCGGAAGCGGCGGCGCGACACGAGCAAGGCGUGGCGAGGGCGGCGGCGCAGCGGUGCGCGGACGCCGAGGCGGCGCGCGCGGAGCAGAGCGCGGAGCUCCAGCGGGCGAAAGAGGAGUCGACGCGGCUCGCGGAGCGCUUGGAGGAGCAGACGAGGACGAUGCGGGCGCUGCAGGCGGCUAGCUCUGGGCACCGCGAGGCGGCGGAGGAUGCGAGUAAAAAGGCGGAUGAGCUGUCGAGGCGAAGCGCGGGCGACGCCGAGAAGGUGGCCGCCGCGGAACGGAAGGUGGCGGCGCUCGAGGAGCAGGUGGCGGGGCUGAAGCGACGAGGGGAGAAGCUCCUCAAGCGCGGCGGCGGCGCGGAUGAGUACAGGGAGGAGAUCGACGCGUACAAGAGCAUGCUGCGGUGUUCGGUUUGCAACGACCGGCCCAAGGCGUGCAUCAUCACGCGGUGCUACCACAUGUUCUGCCAGGAGUGCGUGCAGGUGAGGCUGGAUAACCGGGACAGGAAGUGCCCGGGCUGCGCGGCGGCGUUUAGCGCGAGCGACGUCAAGUCCAUCUACUUUUGAUUUGUGAACUCGAAGAAGAAUGCAGCUAGCUACGAAGGUAGAUUUGAAGGAAAAAACGACUCACUCGCCGU